GACCAAUUUGACUAGCAAUCCACAAAUCAUACACCUCUGUUGUUGCGUCGGGCUCAACUCAACCACCUCAGAAACCGCUUUCAUUGACCCCUUUUUCCCAUCUUCCUUCCCCACCUUUUCUUUCUCCCCAGAUCUCUCUCUCUCUAAUUUUCAAUUCUCUCUAAUUUAGGAUUUUGAUUUGUUCAUUUUCAUCCAAUAGAGAUAUGAAAUUCCCCACUUUUUUCACUCAAUUUCUCGUUUGCCCACUUUGUUGGCCCUGAUCUGUAAAGAUUCGAUUUUGGGUGUCUUUUUUUUGUUUCUUAUUGAUUUCGUAAUUAGGGUUUUCUUUAUUAUUUAUUGAUGGUGGGUUCGGAGAGCUUAACGCCGCCGCCGGCGAAGAAGUAUGGUGUGACUAAGCCUUUGUCUCUUGCUGGCCCCACCGACGCAGAUCUUCUAAGAAAUCAAGCCUUAGAAAAGUUUUUGAAGGACUCAGAGUUGUAUGAGAGCGAGGAAGAGACAGCUAGGAGAGAAGAAGUGUUGCAUCAGCUUGAUCAGAUUGUAAAAUCAUGGGUUAAAGAAUUGACUCGCCAGAGAGGCUACACUGAUCAAAUGGUGGAGGAUGCAAAUGCUAUCAUAUUCACUUUUGGUUCUUAUCGGCUAGGAGUUCAUGGGCCUGGAGCUGACAUAGAUACAUUGUGUGUUGGUCCCUCUUAUGUCAAUCGUGAUGAAGAUUUCUUUAUCAUUUUGCAUGAUAUUUUGGCUGAAAAGGAAGAAGUUCGUGAACUUCAACCAGUUCCUGAUGCUCAUGUCCCAGUUAUGAAAUUCAAAUUUCAAGGAAUAUCUGUUGAUCUCCUUUAUGCAAGCAUAUCUCUUUUAGUUGUCCGUGAAGAUUUAGAUAUCUCAGAUCGUUCUGUACUGUACGAUGUGGAUGAACCAACCGUUCGAAGUCUCAAUGGGUGCCGGGUUGCCGAUCAAAUACUGAAACUAGUUCCUAAUGCUGAGCACUUCCGCACAACUCUUAGAUGUUUAAAGUUUUGGGCAAAAAAGCGCGGUGUUUAUUCCAAUGUUACCGGAUUCCUUGGCGGUGUGAAUUGGGCUCUUUUGGUUGCUCGCAUUUGCCAAUUUUAUCCUAAUGCACUCCCAAGUAUGCUUGUUUCUAGGUUCUUCAGAGUUUAUACACAAUGGCGUUGGCCAAAUCCAGUGAUGCUAUGCCCAAUAGAAGAGGAUGAGCUUGGUUUUCUUGUUUGGGAUCCUCGCAAGAAUCCAAAAGACCGAACCCAUCAUAUGCCAAUUAUCACCCCUGCUUACCCUUGCAUGAACUCUAGCUACAAUGUCUCACCAAGUACUCUUCGAGUAAUGAUGGACCAAUUUCAGUUUGGUAACAAGAUUUGUGAGGAGAUAGAGUUGAAUAAAGCACAGUGGGCCGCGCUUUUUGAGCAUUAUCUUUUCUUUGAGGUCUACAAAAAUUAUCUGCAGGUUGACAUUAUAGCAGCCGAUAAUGAUGAUUUGCUAGCUUGGAAAGGCUGGGUGGAAUCCCGGUUUCGACAACUAACACUUAAGAUAGAACGGGACACGAACGGGAUGUUGCAGUGCCAUCCGUAUCCUAAUGAAUUUGUAGACUUAUCUAAGUCAUGCCCACAUUGUGCUUUUUUUAUGGGCUUGCAGAGGAAACAGGGUGUCAAAGUGCAAGAAGGACAACAGUUUGAUAUUCGUGGCACAGUCGAUGAGUUUAAGCAAGACGUAAGCAUGUACGCUUAUUGGAGACCAGGCAUGGAUAUCUAUGUAUCUCAUGUUCGGAGGAGGCAAAUUCCUCCUUUUGUCUUUCCAGAUGGAUAUAAGAGACCGCGACAAUCUAGGAACACAAGUCAUAGUACUCCUGAGAAAGUUGCUAAAGGCUGCAGGUCUCCUGAUGAAAGGCAUCCAAAGAGGAAGCAGGAGGCUGACACAGUUCAUGUAUAUUCGGGCAAACCAGGAAAGCGUGCUUCUAUCAGUCCGCAGAGGGUAGGAUCUGUUUCUCCUCUAGGUGGUUCUUGUUGGUCUGAUGGAUCAUCACAGAUAAUCGUUUCUGAUGAGUCACAGAGGGAGCUUGAGAGUUCUUGCCUACUGGGCAGCAGAAACGAUGCCUCUCUGAGUGAGAGUUCCAUUUGUACACCUGAUAGUUUAAAUUAUACAAUGUCAAGGGGUUCCACUUUAUCCGGAGUUUCCAGAGAAGUUGAUUUAGAUAGUUCUAACACAAAAUCCUUCCCAAGCAAGGAGGUGCUCAGUCAGUGUGAAGACAUAUGCGCUAGAGACGUCCAGACUUUUCAAGUCUUGCAGAAUGAUGAGAAGGCGGAGAUUUUGGGAUCACUUCAUCAGGAUAAUGAACCAUGCAUUCAGACUGGUAGUGCAGAAAGUUCGGAAAGAAUGACUGUAUCAAAUUCCAACAUUCAGAACCUCAAUUGCGAGGGUGAUAUGAGCUUGACCGAUCAGAUUUCGCAACUAGGGGAUGGAUGUUUAAGUAGGAAUGGAGUAUUGGGUAAUGGCUUGGCCGAGAAGUCUCAGGGUUAUUAUGACUUGAAGAGCUGGGCAUAUCAUCAGUGUAUUGGAAAAUUCAUGAAGUUGGUUUCUUUGAUUGUAAGCGUGUCAAGAUUCAUCCCGAUCUUGAAAAUACUAGAGCUGGGGAAUAUCCAAACCAUUCUCUCGCAAGGGCAAUGGAACCGCAGGAUGGAGCAAGCCCAGAGGCUGUGCAAGAGGCUGCAAUAAGCAGGUUGAGUCUGGAAUCAACAGCUUGAAUUUUGGUGGACAUUCCAAAGAUUCGCGUGCUUCAAAGCAAGCGUGCCUGCUUUAAAGAUGGUUGGAUGAGGUGUUUGGAUUAGUCUCCAAGCUCACAUUUUAAAGUAAGAAGAGGUUGCAGAUUAUGGUGUGGAUGGUCUUCAAGCCCCCAAUUUGAAGUCGGAUGAAGGAGUUUUAGUGAUGAGAAUCCGGCCUUUCUAAUACCCCCUCCCCCCUUCCCCCUUCCCCCUUCCCCCUCAAAAAGCCAAAAAAAUAAAAAAUAAAUUAAAAGGAUAAAAAUGAAGAAAAAAAGAAAAGAAAAGGAGAUGUGCCUGCAGUGUAUUGCUUAUUGUUGCCGUCAAGAGCCAGCGUCAGAGAAGAGACCUUGAAUAGUGUACACUCUCCUGGGUCUAAUCUACUUCUUUUGUUAUGAAUCUCGUAGAUGAUGUGGAAAGAGGAAGUUGCAUGUGAUGUUAAAAAAAGGGAGCUGUAAAAUAGGGUAUUUGCCACUUUCUUCUUUCAAGGAUCUAUGAAGACUUGUCUUAUAUAGUGAUGUAGCAAACCUUCAAUGUUGGUACUAUUUUGUUUAAGAUGGUGUAUUUGCAGUUACUAUCCUAUCAUUUGCCCCUUUA